UUUGGUGUUGACAGUUGAAAGCAUACAAUUUAGUGCAUAGUGGACUUCAGAAAGAAAGCAGCGAUGAGCGAAUUCGUCAUCCCCGGCUCGCUGGAAGAGAUGUCUUCCAGCUCAGCGGGCACGUACAUGAUGAUACAACCUUGGGACGAGCGGAAAAUUGCACGAGCCCAAGAGGAAUGGCAGUCGAAAGCUGUCGUCUUGGAUGAUGCACCGAAACUUGUCCCAAUUUUCUACUCUGCCAUAACGCAAACCCCUAACUUGAGCGAAUUCAUGCUAACGGACCUAUGGAGAUUGAUAUUCAAGUUUGUGAAUAAGUUAGAGUCAGCUUUGAACAAGCUCUCAAAAGAUAACGCUCUCGGACCCGAAGAAAGGAAAUGUUUGCGGAACGAAACGACUAUUGUAACUUAUUUCUUCGGACAAUACAUACAAGCUAUAGACCUCGAAACCCGGAAAGUAGGCGCAGCUUUCGAUGUCAUGGCCAAGAAGACCAAGAAAAAGGGACCAGCGGGAGUGGGACGUUUCGCGAACUGGGAUACAGAAAGGAUAACUGCACUCGAAGCUAUACUACAGAUCUUGGAAGCUCCUCUAAAAAGUAUAUUCUCUGACGACUCCCUCAACCAGCUCGUCAACUCGGUCGCCAGCAACAUCUAUCGGCUGCUUGGCAACAUCUCAGUCUGCAAGGACUCGACUUGUAGCGAUCUGUGUGCGCAGAUCAUAAACAUCGCCAUCAUGCAAUACGGCCACGGAUCGCUGUGUCCAUAUCAAAUUCCUGCCCUCAUGUCGACUACGGAGCAUGUCGUCCCGGUGCUGGCAUCGAUCUUCGACGAGGUCGUCAACAAACAUGGCGAGAUUUCCCUUCUGCCAGACCUCUUAAGAGAGCUGACGGCGAUCUCAGAUUGCUCCAAUGGGGACUCACUUGUGAGCAAGAAUACCGGGGAACUGCUGAAUCAGCUAUGCCAGAAACUCGCUGAGCGUAUUCUGCCUCUCGUUUCAUACAUUGACGCUCUCUUGAAUGCUCCCAACUUCUCCGUCAGGAAUUCAGCUCUCUCUGCGAUGGCUGAGCUGGUCAAACACGGAUUGACGAAGCCCGGGCUGACCGAGAAACAGGAGAAAGACAAGGACUCACUGUUGGACAUGUUAAUCGCGCACAUGAAUGACGUCUCGUCUCAUGUGCGUGGGAAAUGCAUCAAAUUAUUGAGCGAACUUCUCUUGGCGAAUAGUUUGCCGCUGGCGCGGCAACCCGAAGUCAUAACGGCUGUCGCAAAACGUCUCAGAGACUCAACGGCGACCGUUCGGAAAUACGCGGUCCAGUACCUGACCGAAUAUGUCGAAUAUAAUACAUUCCUCAGAACUAUGACCCCUGAGAGUCUCGAGACCGCAUUGGAGCAGAAAAGAGCGUUGGUUGCUGAACUAAAGGAGCAGAUCGGAGUCGACCAAAAAACUCCGGACGACUGGGAUGAGGUCUCCGCCAAAAUGAUGUCCUACUUCGGGAAAAAAGAACUACCCAAGUUACCCGAUGACCCCAACGAUCUCGAGCGUCCGAAAGGAACCCUGCAAGAGGAGCUAGGAAACGUCACCAGUCUCCUGGAUGCGGGAAAGUUCUCGGAAGCCAUCCGUCUUCUGCAGAAAUGUGCUCACUGGUUCCAGGAAUGCCCUCUCUUCCGGGAGGUAGAAGCCGAAGAGGAGGGAAAAGAAACGGCGUCGGAUGAAAGUGAAACUGAGAAAAAUGAGACCGAGAGUGAAGGAGAGGGCGAUGAGGAUGAGCAAGACAGCAGCAAAAGCGAGAAAACGGAGCAGGAGUCGGAGAAGAAGGUCAAAGUGGACUGGUUCGCGCUCGCGAGAAACGUCUACCUGAGAGAACCUCCGAGAAAAACGGCGAAGAAUCAGAGACUGGACGAACAUGAUGAGCUCACCCCGUCGCAGGCUGAACCCGAUGAAGCGACAAGCCAAACCGACAGGGAGAUCCUCAUUUCAAAAUUAGCUAAGCACGAGAGCGACCUCCGAGUGGUCUCGUACCUCAGACAUUACUUCGAUGUCUAUAGCGCUGCAUCCCAACACGUGGGGAUGAUGUUGCAGUCGAAAAUCACAUCAGACAUUUUAUCAGCUAUCGACUUCUUCGUUCGGUUGAUAAAUGCCAACGUGUCGGUCGGCUGUCGCAGCAUAUCUCAGAUGGCGCAUCUCUAUGACCACAAAGACGAAUCGGUGAAAAAAGCCGUAGAGAGCGCAUUCGAGAAUUUGUAUCUAACUUGCGACACGAACGACCCUCGAAAAAAUUCCAUCGUCACGGCUCGGAAACUCAUCGGCCUUUUCAUAAACUGCACUCAGGGUGAAGUAGAUAAGUGGGGCCGAGUGAUCGCUCAGCUCGUCGCCGACAAGAAGAUACCAAGUGAAGUCGUUUUGGUUUUCUUCGAAAUUAUAACCGAGAAGCUCGGCAAAGAGGAACCUCUAGUUAGGACCGCAGCUCUCCUUCUAAUUGCAAAAUGCUCAACGAGGAAGCCGUCGAUCGUGGAAAAGAACAUGCCAAUCCUACUGGAAUUAAUGAAAGAACCCAUAUUCAUAAAGUACUCUAUCAUGGCCUUGUCCAAUCUCGAUGUGGAACGUCGAUGGGAUAUAGAACACGAAUGUUUCGUCACGAUCACUAACGCGUUCGUGGAAAAUUUAUCCAAUAUGGAAUGGACAGGAUGGAGCAGCGCUUUCUUUGAAGCAGUCUGUUUGAUCUUCAAAUCUUGUGCCAAGCCGAUGAAGACUUUGACGAAGCUCGCGAACAGCGUUCUUCAAGCUUGGACAGAUCGCCAGGACUUGAUGCAAUUCGCUCGAGUUUUGUCCAUGGUGCAGUCGAUCGCUGCCCGGCUGUACGUCUUCUUAGACAUCGACUUCUACGGGAAACUUCAAGAGAAAAAGGACAAAUCGAAGAAAACCAAGGAGCAACGAAGAAAGAGUCUUUCCGAGUCCCGUAGGAAUGCGAACGCUUCCAUGAAUGCAACGAACGACGGAGACCAAACCGGUCUCGUAGGGGCUGUAGCCGACGAGACCGAGGCCGAAUAUAUCGUGACGAUUCUCGAGAAUGAAGCCCUGAAGGAGAAUUGUUUCCUCGGAUCCUUCACUCCUCACCUAAUCAAUGUCCUGAAGAACCCCAAAGAUUUCCCCUGUCCGAAACUACAGCAACAGGCGACAGUUUCCCUCAUAAGUCUUAUGCUGAUCAGCAGCAGGCUUUACGAAGAGCAUAUCGCCUUCAUCUUCACAAUCCUGGAGAGAUCUCUCGAUGAGCUCCAGAGGUGCGCCAUAAUCACAUAUAUCCCCGAUCUGUGCAAAUCCUUCCCCAACUCGUUCGAUCCGUGGACGGCCAAGGUCUACGAAGUUCUUAAGCGAGAGAGUUCCGCCAAUGUCCGGCGGAAAUGCAUACUCAUUCUCUCGGACCUCAUCAUGCACGACCAGAUAAAAGUCAAAGGGACCAUAAGCGACGUGGCUUGCUCGCUGCUCGACGAACACGCGCCCAUUGUGCGGAUGACGGAAAUCCUCUUCCAGCAGCUGGCAAUGAAGAACAAUUCCUUGUACAACAUUCUACCAGAUAUAAUCUCUCGACUCUCUGACGAAGAACACGGAGUGAAACGAGACGAUUUCCAGAAGAUCAUUUCUUUCCUUUUCAAACAGCUGGGGAAAGAUAAGAAACUCGAAAACUUCGUCGAGAAGCUCUGCGGUCGAUUCCGUUCGUCUACAACCGACCUUCAGUGCCGGAAUUUGGCUUAUUGUCUCAAGCAGAUCCCGUAUACAGAGCGGAGUUUGCGGAAGCUCAUCGAUAACAUUUCGUGUUACGCUGAUAAGCUCAUCGACCCGGAAAUUGCGGCAUGUUUCGAUGAAAUUUGCCAGCAAACUUCAAAGGGCGCGAAAAAUGAACUCAAGUUGGUGGUGACUGAGCUCGAGAACGCCCUGGAUGAAGCGAAGAACAAGUCCGACGAAAACAAAGAGAUCAACUCUGAUGACCCCGCGGCUGUCCGCAGAACGCCUUCAUCACAGCGCUCGACAGUUUCCAGCCAGAAAUCAGCGACGGCGAGGGCCCGCAGAACGGCGAAAACACCGAAAACGCCACAGAGGAAGAAGAAAAUCACAGACCUGAUGGACAGUGAUUCGGACGGCGACGAUUUUAUCCCAGCGAGCUCUUCCACGCGGAGCGCCAAGAGAAUCGCUUCUGGUGCCACAACUCCUACAACCGUGCGUACAUCGAAACGAACCCGUCUCUAAUGGAACAACCAUUGAACAGCUCGAAUCGAUUCGGAUGCCAAGCAGCAAAGGACCUUGCACUGGAAAUUCCGGA